GCUCAACCAAAACACAAACCAAACAAACCCCUCCUCUCUCCAGAAAAAAUCUCCCCCCCCCUCUCUCUAGAAGUUUCACCUUCUCUCUCUAUAAUCAUCUUCCCUUUUGGCUUUCUCGACUUUCUCGAUCUGUUCAGGACAGAAUCAUAAUAUUAGGUUUCGAAAAUCUCCCUCAAUUUCUGUCGAUCAAGUUCUGCAAGAAAGGCAGAGACUCGGAAGAGGGGUGUAAUCGGAGAAGGGAUUCUGCAUGAGCUGGUUGGGAAAGCUGGGUUAUUGUUUCGCUUCGUCCAAUUCCAACCAUUUCAUAACGUGUCUUUUGAUAUUUAUUCUCCAUUAUUCACCUCAAUCAUCUCCUUCUCUUUUUAAAUUCCAAAACAAAUCCACUGAACCUUUAUUAUCACAACCCCUUAUAAGUAAUAAUCUUAUUUUUUUCAUUUUGAAUCCCAUUAAUUCUGAUUUUAAUUCCACUCCCUCAUCAUCAUCAUCUUUUAACGAUCAUGGUUUCGGAAUUGAAGAGUAAUUGCCCUCAGUUGCGUAGAGGUCUAUGUUAUUCUAAUGAGGGGAGGGGGCAAGCAACAAGAUCACCUUCAGUUAUAGUGAUAGGCGGUGGAAUUGCCGGAGUGGCGGCAGCACGUGCUUUGCAUGAUGCUUCAAUCCAGGUUGUCUUGUUAGAAUCAAGAGACAGGCUUGGUGGUCGUGUUCAUACUGAUUUCUCUUUUGGUUUUCCUGUCGACCUUGGUGCAUCAUGGUUGCAUGGGGUGUGCAAAGAGAAUCCUUUGGCACCAUUGAUUGGGAGGUUAGGACUGCCCUUGUACCGUACUAGUGGUGAUAACUCCGUCUUGUAUGACCAUGAUCUUGAAAGCUAUGCACUCUAUGAUAUGGAUGGGAAUCAAGUUCCACAAGAAUUGGUCACCAAAGUUGGCGAAGCAUUUGAGAUCAUUUUAAAGGAGACAGAUAAAGUAAGACUCGAAAACAAUGAAGACAUGUCUAUACUCCGUGCUUUCUCAAUUGUUUUUGAAAGACGACCAGAUUUAAGGUUGGAGGGUCUUGCCCACAAGGUGCUUCAGUGGUAUUUAUGCAGAAUGGAAGGAUGGUUUGCUGCUGAUUCUGAGACAAUAUCACUUAAAGGCUGGGAUCAGGAAGAACUGCUCCCUGGUGGGCAUGGGCUUAUGGUCAGGGGCUACCUUCCUGUCAUUAACACUCUUGCCAAAGGCCUCGACAUCCGCUUGGGCCACAGGGUGACAAAAAUAGUGAGGCAUUAUAAUGGAGUAAAGGUAACAGUGGAAGAUGGAAGAACAUUUAUGGCCGAUGCUGCUGUUGUUGCCAUUCCUCUUGGCGUGCUGAAAUCUAAGACCAUAAUGUUUGAACCAAAACUUCCAGACUGGAAGGAAGAAGCCAUCAAGGACCUUGGAGUGGGAAUUGAGAAUAAGAUUGUUUUGAACUUCGAACAGGUGUUCUGGCCAAAAGUAGAGUUCUUGGGUGUGGUUGCAGAGACAUCUUAUGGAUGCAGCUACUUCCUGAAUCUUCACAAGGCAACUGGCCACCCUGUCCUUGUUUAUAUGCCUGCUGGGAAGCUUGCCAGAGACAUUGAGAAAAUGUCUGAUGAGGCUGCUGCUAAUUUUGCUUUUUUGCAACUUAAGAAGAUCCUUCCUGAUGCUUCUGCACCGAUUCAGUAUCUUGUUUCUCGGUGGGGCUCAGAUAUCAACUCACUUGGUUCCUAUAGCUAUGAUACAGUAGGCAAACCCCAUGAACUGUAUGAGAGGUUGAGGAUCCCUGUAGAUAACCUAUUCUUUGCUGGUGAGGCAACAAGUGUGAGCUACCCAGGGUCAGUGCAUGGUGCAUUCUCAACUGGAUUGAUGGCCGCAGAAGAUUGCAGGAUGCGUGUUCUGGAGCGUUAUGGAGAGUUGGACUUGUUUCAGCCAGUCAUGGGUACCGAGGAGGCGCCAGUGUCUGUCCCGCUCUUGAUCUCACGAAUGUAACUCUUUUGCUGCCCCGCUUUCGCGGAUGCAAUAAUUCAGAUGUAGAUGUGUUAACACGGGAACUGGCUAGCAUAUCAUCACUGUCUCGAUUGAGCUGUUCGAGAAAUGCCGUGGAAAUUAAAUCUGUCAUCCUUGAUUGGUUUUAUUGGCGUGUCGCCCCCUUCGAUGUAUACAUACUGUUAUUGGGCAAGCACAAAAAAAUAAUAGUCAGUCUAGCCCUGUUGUUGAGUGGCACCUGCCUUGUGUAAGUUAUCUGUACGAGAAUGCUGUGUCAUGUUCUUCCCCCUUUCUUGGUUGGAAGGCACUAAGUUUGCAUAAUUAUUUAAAAAAAAGAGUUGGCUUUUAUCUCUA